AUGAAGACCUCUGUAGACUUUGAAAGAGAAAAACGCCUUGAAAGCUCUGAUCCUGUAGGAGAAAACAUAUUCCUAACAGGAAAAGCUUGGGAAUUUCUAACACAUAAAGUUUUCGAAGGUGAAGCUGGAAGUGCAUUUUUAAUGACCAUUGGAUGUGUCGCUGUUGCAGCACUAUGUGGAAGGGAACGCAGAGCUGCCACUCUUGCAAGGGCAUUGCAGAUGGGACCCGCAAGCAGCUUGCGCGUUUUUGGACAUCCCAGAUAUCGCCAGCAUAUACCAAGAAACCCGCUACUUAAACAUUAA